GCUUUCUGGGUGAGCUGUGAGCACUUUCAGCUGCUGCGUUUAUCUCCUGGAUCCUUCUCAGAUGUUCCUCACACGAAACACGGAGGUGGACAAAGCCUGAACCAGCAGAUGCAACCAUGAACUGGUCGUCGCUGGAGGGACUGCUGAGCGGGGUCAACCAGUACUCCACGGCAUUCGGGCGCGUCUGGCUGUCCAUGGUCUUCGUGUUCCGGGUGCUGGUGUUUGUGGUGGCAGCGCAGCGCGUGUGGGGCGACGACAGCAAGGACUUCGACUGCAACACGCGCCAGCCCGGCUGCGCCAACGUCUGCUACGACAGCAUCUUCCCCAUCUCCCACAUCCGCCUGUGGGCCCUGCAGCUCAUCUUCGUCACCUGCCCCUCGCUGAUGGUGGUGAUGCACGUGGCGUACCGCGAGGAGAAAAACAAGAAGUACGCCGCCAGGCAGACAGGUCCAAACCCCUACUCCAACCCGGGGAAGAAGCAGGGCGGGCUGUGGUGGACCUACCUCAUCAGCCUGAUCUUCAAGGCUGGAAUCGACUCUGCUUUCCUCUACAUCCUCUACUACAUCUACGAUGGCUACGACAUGCCCCGCCUGUCCAAGUGCAGCCUCAAUCCCUGCCCCAACACCGUGGACUGCUUCAUCUCCCGCCCCACCGAGAAGAAGAUCUUCACCAUCUUCAUGGUGGUCACCUCUGCCAUCUGCGUCUUCAUGUGCAUCUGCGAGAUUGUCUACCUACUCGGCAAGCGCUGGCAGAAGUUCCUGAUCAAGUCCUACAUGAAGGAUAGGCAACGGUCCACAGGGGGCCAAACUGCCAUCACCCACCCAAGCAGCCAGUGCCUCCUGCUGGGCCCAGUGGAAAAACCUGGCACACAGAACACAAGCAACAGAAAAGCAGAGGAGGAGGCUGCCACAAGCUAAAAUAACAUAAACCAAAACCAGCACACCUGCGAGGCUGACAGAGAUCGGCCACUGCACUCACAUUCCAACAGCAUCCGUGACUGCUAAAACAGAAACCCCAUUUCAGGGUGGAACUUCCCUGGACAGAAAAGGGAAGUGAUACACAAAGACCUGCCGUAUACUGCAAUAAAUCAAACACACACCAAG